CCGUCUGGGAAUCAUACGUGACAGAAACUUGGCUGUAACCUGCCCAUUGUCGCUUCUGUAGCUCUGCUUGCUUGCCUGCCUGCCUGUGUAAAGGUCACCAGGAUGUGGUUUUUGUCUUUAAAAAUGCAUCGCAGCGACAGUAGGGGCUGUCUCCUUCAGCCUUGUUCUGAGCGGAGGCAGCACCGGCUGGCUAAUAAAGACUCCCCAAAUUCUAAAUUGGCUUUGGUGAUCUUGUACACUGUGCGCCCCAUAACAUUUGGAGGCCCUAGCGAGAUUUUCUGCUUCGCAGUGUUUGGUGGCCACCGGGUCUCCGGCCAACCACUGAAAGGCAUUGCUCAGCGCUUGGCCGAGACCAGUGUCCACACAAGCAGCCGACCAAAUUCUAACAUUGUAUUCAGAGUCAUCUAGUAACGUCACUGAGCGUGGAGUGAGAUCAGCUGCCGUGUCUGCCGUAUUCCUCGGCCCAGUGUUUGGAGCAUCAUCUGUGCUGGAGCUGAGGAGCGAUGUCAUCACUGAGCCAGGCAAACGCGCUCCAUGCAUUCCAGGGGAUGCUCUUUUCCACCACAUCUUCAGAAGAACUCCUCCGUUCCCUGGACACUUUUGAUGCAAGAGAAGAUGAUGUGUUUCUGGUUUCCUAUCCCAAAUCUGGUACUCACUGGGUUGCAGAAAUCAUCGAGAACAUUCCCAGUGCCAAAAUUACUCUAACAUCUCCCAUCGAACUGGGAGACAUUUCCAAACUUGAAGAACUGAAAAUGUAUUCUAAGAGAAGAGUAAUUCCAACACACUUGAGCUACAACCUGCUACCCUUGAAUGUCAAACAAAAACAAUGCAAGAUGAUCUACGUGGUGAGGAAUCCAAAAGAUACAGCUGUCUCUCUCUUCCAUUACUACAGAGAUAACCCCUGCCUUCCCAGUGUGGAAACCUGGGCUGCAUUUUUAGAACUGUUCCUACAAGGAGAUGUUGUGUAUGGAUCCUGGUUUGAUCAUGUUUUAAGCUGGGAAGAACACAAAAAUGACAAAAAUGUUCUAAUUAUAUUCUAUGAAGAAAUGAAGAAAGAUCUCUCUGAAAACAUAAAGAAAAUCACUACUUUCCUCGAUACCAACUUGAGUGACAGUGACAUCAGCAAGAUUGUCGAGAAAGUAUCUUUCAAUAAAAUGAAAACUAACGCAGUCAAAGAAAAGUGUGACACCAGUCACACCAUCUGUGCACUCACAUCCAACCGGAGCCUGGUCUUCCGGAAAGGAGUGGUGGGUGAUUGGAUAAACUACUUCACUCCAAGACAGAAGAAAGCAUUUGAUGAACUAUUCACAGAGAAAAUGAAGCACAGUAAGCUGGCAUUGCACUUGGUGGACUACUCCAUGUAAAUGGGAAAUGAAAACAAUUUUCAUUUAUGCAUUGAGGCACUUGGGGAUUAUGUAAAUAUUUUCAAUGAUGUGGAAAGCAGAUAUUACUUUCAGUGAGAAACAGAUACCUUAUGAAGGUGUCAACUGCAUCCUGCGUGAGCGAUGAAGAUUAUUAUGUUUGGUGAUAGGAGAGAGUUAUUAAUAAAAGGAAGUACACCAUUCUUGCAGGGCUCAAAUGUAUAUUAGUUUGAAGAGUGUUCAGAAAGACCCGGAUUACUUCUCUUCAGAAAGAGCAUAUUAAUGUUGUGUUCUAAAAGCUGUGAUAACAGCUCCAAAAGAGGUGAGAGAUUGAAAUAAGACAGUGUCUGGGAAAAACUUACUUUCUAUUCAUCUGGACAAUCAUGGCCUUGAGACAAACAUUUUUAUUCUGGCUUUUCCCCAGUGUCUGCGCAGAAAUAUAUUCCAGUGUUGUGAUAGUGAGAAACAUGGUCUUCGUAUAGAAGAAACACAUGAUAGGUAGGUUCGAGCCAGUGUCCACACUGCAGUAAAUUGGAAAAAAUGAAGAAGGAAAGAUGUUCUCAUAGGAACAGAGACUUGGCAUUCUAGUGUUUUAUUUCAUCCAAUCAGCCAAAUUACAAAACUUUUUAUAUUCCUGCUUAACAAAAUGGAACUCUCAGGCCAGAAUUGUAGUAUACUGGAUGUAACUGUCAUGUGUGAUGCCAGCAUCUCAUGAGGACACCAGGAUGUGUCCCGGCUGUUUCACCUCUGCUCC